AUGUUUUUUGUUCUCUUAUCUCUCCUAGAUGCUGCCUCUGGUGAAAAAUUGAAGGUAUAUGCUGCAAAUGAUAAAGCAGAUUUAGAUAUUAGAUAUUAUAGAGAUGAAUAUGAUUAUUAUUGGGACACUUAUGAAACAAAAGAGUAUUCCACAACAUUCAACAACUAUGGUUGGUUUGUUGUUUUCAGGGUUUAUGAAGAUGGCGAACCCGGAAAAUUAGUGUAUGUAAGGGGUUCGAAUAAUGGAGUUGCAAAAUACAAUGGAAUUUAUUUUGCCACAAAUUACAAAAUUGAUUCAACAACAGGUUACCUCAUUUUAACAUUCGAUAUUACAAACACAGCACAAGAACCAAAGAGAAUUGAUGUUGGAGUUUUUGCUGAUGUUCAAAUUGCUGAAAAUGAUAAAGCUACGAUUAAACCUUUAGCUAAUAAUAGAGGUUUCACAAUGACUGAUAGUGACGCUCAAAUUUCAUAUACAUUAUUAAUUCGAGAUGCUGCUGGGGCAACAAAUGUCGAUUCUUUCUACUAUGGACCAUUGAAACGUGAGUGGUUCAAUGGAGAUUAUAAUUCUUAUUCUCAUUCUUACGAUUUCUAUUCUUACAACACAGACAAAUUCCCAUAUUUCGAAAACGCAACCUUAGAUAAAGCAUUAACUGGUCAGGAUAGCUGUUUUGCAUUCUCAUGGCAGAAGAGAGAUAUAUAUCCUGGAGAAAAAAUAUCACUUGGAACCACAGCAGGUGUUGGAACAAAUUUGAGGACUGCUCCAUAUGUUAGAUGGAUUACAGAGUUCAAAGAUGUCUAUACUCCAGGUGAGCAAUUAACAAUAAGAUUCGAAGUAGGUGAUUAUGAUAUUGGAGAAACAGUAACGGUGAUUCUUAUGGAAGACUCAACUAAAAAGUAUGGAACUUUGGAAAUAUCUGAAACUAAAACAAGUGCUAUAUACAAGCAUGAUGUAACGUUUGUAUCUAAAGGAACAAAAGAGAUAACUGUGUAUGCUAGUGAUAGCAAGGGAUUUAAAUCAGCUGAACUAAAGAAAACAUUAAUUGUAACAAACAAACCAAAGAUCACAGUUACAAAUACAUUGAGUAAUACAUAUAAUAAUGGUUCAACAAUUUAUAUCAAAGGCUACGUAUAUGAUGAAGAUUACGUUCAAAUAAGAUAUAGAUUUGAUGAUUCUUUUACAUCAAAUGCACCUGAAAAUAUUUCAUGCAGCAUUUAUGGAGCAAGUUAUUCAAAGAACUUAGAAAUACCAUCAUGGUUACAAAAGGGACAGCAUACAAUUUAUAUUUAUGCUGUUGACAAAUAUGGUGUCAAAUCGGAUGAAAUUCCACAUACAUUUGAAUAUUCUCUCUCGCAGAAGCCAACAAUUAAAUUAGUUUCAUUAGAGGAAGACAUAGUUUAUCCCGGAUCAGAAUUAAUUAUUUCUGGACAAAUCAAAGAUGAAGAUGAUCGUGAAGGACUAUCAGUUUUUGCAUUCAUUUCUGAUGUACUAAAUGAGAAAAUCAUUAGCGGAAGAGCAAAUGCACAAUGGCAAACAUUUAAUGGAAAAGUUAAAUUGCCUUGGAAUAUAAAACCAAAUGAAUAUUCGUUAUUUGUUGAAGCAAAAGAUGACGCAGGACAUUCUUCAAAUAUGGUUGAAUUAAAAGUAUACGUAAAACCUUAUCCACAAACAGCUGUUCCAACUCCGUAUUCGACAUCCCAAGAAACACCUUAUGAAACAUCUGUUCAGACGCCAUUUAAUACUGCUUUCAAAACGCCACAUUCAACAGCCGAAAAUACUCCAUUUUCUACAGCUUAUAAUACACCUUAUUUUACUGCUGCUGAGACACCAUAUUUUACUGCUGCCAGCACUCCGUUUACAACUGCUGAAGAAACUCCAUUAACAACUGCUGCGGAAACUCCAUUAACAACUGCGGCGGAAACUCCAUUAACAACAUUUGAAGCAACUCCAUUUACAACUGCUGCGGAAACCCCAUUCACGACAUUUGAAGAAACUCCAUAUGUAACAGCAUUUGAUACGCCGUUUUCAACUGUAGAAGAAACACCAUUUUCAUCUGCUGUCGAAACACCAUAUUUGACUGAAGUCGAAACUCCGUUUGAAACUGCCUUCUCAACUGCUUUCGAAACACCUUUCGGAACAAACAUGAUAACACCACAUAAAACACCAGAUUCACCUUUCGAAACAUUUGUUGAAACACCAUUCAUUACAAACAAAGAAACUCCAUUUGAAACACCUUUCUUGACUGCCUUUGAAACACCAUUUACUAGUCCAUUUAUAACAAAUCAAGAAACACCAUUCCUUACACAGAAGGAAACAGCUUUUGAAACGCCAUUUGUAACAAAUAAAGAAACUGCCUUCGAAACUCCAUUUAUUACAGAGAAAGAAACAGCAAUAGAAACACCAUUUGUUACAAACAAAGAAACAGCUGCCGAAACACCGUUCUUUACACAAAAGGAAACUGCUUUUGAAACUCCAUUUAUUACUCCAAAGAGUUCUCCAGAGAAAAUCGAACCGAAAAUCAAUUCUGAUUCUUCCAUCGAAACACCUUCAACAACAAAAGAUUUUGUUUACAAUGAUGCCCCGACAAUAAAUGUUAAUGCAGACUCGGAAACUACAACCAAGAAGAAGAAUAUUGGAAUGAUCAUUGCAAUUGUUGCAUCAAUAUUAGCAAUCAUUAUUGCUUUGGUUAUAGGAAUUGUUUUGUAUAUUCGUCACAUGAAACAAGAAGAAUCAGAAGAGGAAUCAUCAAUUGAGAUGCAAGAAACAGUCAUUUCAUCUGUUGUCAACCCUAAUGAAGGUAUUACACUUGAUAAUCCAUUGUUUACAACAUCCGUAAUGGAUCAAGAAGAAGAUAUUUUUGCAGGUGAAUUUGAAGAAUCUAAUCCAGUCCAGUACUUCUUUAUUAAGGAUGAUGAAUAA